CUCCGCAAGAUUGAGAGAAGAAAACCCUUUCCCAGGAUAGGGUACCAUGCAGCAGCCUGUGAAUUAUGCAUGUCCCGAAAUUUAUUGGGUGGAAAACAGUGCCACUUCUCCUUGGGCUCCUUCAGGAUCAAUUUUUCCCUGUCCAUCCUCUGUGCCUGGAAGGCUGGACCAAAGGAGACCACCGCCACCGCCACCGCCACCACCGAUACCACCUCCAUCGCAACCAUCACCACCGAUACCACCACCAUCUCCACAGCUGCAACUGCCCUGUCUAAAGAGGAAGGACCACAGCAUAGAUCAUUGGCUACCGGUGAUAUUUUUCAUGGUUCUGGCGGCUUUGGUUGGAUUGGGGUUAGGAAUGUAUCAGCUUUUCCAUCUGCAGAAGGAGCUGGCAGAACUCCGUGAGUUCACCAACCAAAGCUUUAAAGUAUCAUCUUUGGAAAAGCAAAUACACCACCCCAGUCAGCCCUUUGAGAAAGACAAGCCGAGGUGUGUGGCCCACUUAACAGGCAAUCCCAGCUCAAAGUCUGUCCUUCUGGAGUGGGAAGACACAUAUGGGACUGCUCUGAUCUCCGGAGUGAAGUAUAAGAAAGGUGGCCUUGUGAUCAGUGACCCUGGGUUGUACUUUGUGUAUUCCAAAGUAUACUUCCGGGGUCAUUCUUGCAACAAUCAGCCCCUGAGUCACAAGGUCUACAUGAGGAACUCUAAGUAUCUUGGGGAUCUGGUGCUAAUGGAGGAGAAGAAGUUGAACUACUGCACUACUGUAGGCCAGAUGUGGGCCCACAGCAGCUAUCUGGGGGCAGUGUUCAAUCUUACCAGUGCUGACCAUUUAUAUGUCAACAUAUCUCAACUCUCUCUGAUUAAUUUUGAGGAAUCUAAGACUUUUUUCGGCUUAUAUAAGCUUUAAAAAAGAAAAGCACUUUAGAAUUAUCCAUUACUCCUCAUUAUGGGCACUGGAAAUACUGUCUUGAGUGACAGUCUUUUUUAGACCAAUUGAGAUUUUAAUCAAGACAAAAUGAGCCACAAGGACCUUGUGAUCACAAGGUUCAACAGGUCAGCUUUCCUUCACUUCCCAGAGGUCCAUGGAGUGGUCCUUAAUGCCUCCAUCAUGAGCCAGAUGGAAGGAGGACUGUGGCCUAGGAACAUAAAGCUUUGGGCUGCCACGUGAUGAUGCCUGUGCAAGAGAAGGAACUGUCUGACCUUAAAUGACCAAGAACAUUUUAGCCAUUGAAGAGGACACUUUUAAACUCACCUUUUGGGGUGGGUCUACUUGCUACCUCAGGGGAGGCCAUCUUUUAGAGACAUAGUUAUGAUAUGAAUAUAGAAGGUAUGGGAAAUGGGGCCAGGUUUGACUGAUAAGCUAGAGACUGAAAGAGGCCAAUGUCUCAUUGGCGGCAUCUUUACUUUCAACUGGUGUUUUCUGAGCCAAUCUUUGAUAACUAAGAUAACUAAGAGGGAAGUUUGAGGCACAAAUCAUUCCCUACACAGUGCAAUUGUGUCUGUGUGUGUUUGUAUGUAUGAGAGAGCAGACAGACAGAAUCUAGAGAGUCAUAUAAAUAGAAUGUGUGUAUUACAAAAUACAUACUAGAAAUAUGUGUUACAAUUGACGGUAGAUAUCUGAAUGUUUCUUGGCAAUAAACUCUAAUAGUCUUCAAAAACCUUUUAUUAUCAGCUACUAAUGCUGUUUUCAUUUAAGAGAACUAGUAUUUAUAUCUUUUGUGCAUCUUAGUGAAGAAAUGACAAAUAAAAAUUGUAUUGUAGAAUAUAGAAAAGGAUUAAGGGUAUAGUGUUUGGAAGUCAGUGAGAUGUGCUUAUUGUUUCUUUUCUCCAUGGUUUCUUCAUUCAUAAUGACUGUGGAACAUUUUGAGAAAGAUUUGCAAAGGUGAGCAGAACAGUGUGGCAAAUUCUUCUAUCUUUGUUAGCUCCUCUUCUUUUCUCUCUAGCUGCUCUCCUCUGGAUCUCACAUUACCAUGAGUUUUGUUUACCACCAUUAUGGCCAAUGUAAACUGACCCAAAUUUCCACAUAUAUGAAGGCAGC